CUGAGAACAGAAGGGAGGAGUUUUAAUUUGAAUCCUGAACUGUUGCCUUUCACAAGGCACAGAGACAGCAGUCUGAGUGGAUCGCUGUGGAUUAAAACACCUGUCUGUGGGUUCACUCGCUCUACUGGAAAGGAUUUUGAUGGCAAAUUACUGCAACUGCUUGUUUACAGGGGUGAAAAGAAAACUGAAAAGGAACCAAUGGUGAGCACUGAAAACAAGUGUUGAAUUACAAUGGAAAAAAUAAAAUGAGACUCAUAUCUGGACAGGACCAGGAUCAAGUAUUUAUUUUCUCUCCGAAAGGUCAAAGUGAGGUAGAUCAGUCAGGUGAAGCAUGGCUGGAAAUUGUUUUUUACUUCAUCUUCUGCUCACUGCCAUUCUGGGACGGGCUGCUAAAGCACAGGACGAGACUUCUACUGAUAUGGACAUCCAAACAGCCAGUCAGACCUUAGAUCCUUUGUUGAUUUCUGUGACAUCAGAGGGGCCUCCAACUUUGACCACACCUGGAGAAGUGGAGGAGGAUACUGUGCCAUCCACUGGCACCCGUUGCCGGGGUUACUAUGAUGUGAUGGGCCAGUGGGACCCCCCCUUUAAUUGUAACGCAGGUAUCUUCUUGUACUGUUGCGGCACUUGUUACUACCGGUUCUGCUGCCAGUUCCGCCAGCAGCGACUGGAUCAGACCUCCUGCUCCAACUAUGAUACUCCCAUUUGGGCCAACACUGGAAAACCUGUGGCCACCAACACUGAGGUGCAGCCAGACCACGAGCGGGAUCGAACUCACAUGAUUGUGUACAUCAUCUGUGGUGUGGUGGCCAUCAUGGUCCUGGUGGGAAUCUUCACCAAACUAGGGCUGGAGAAGAGCCGUGGAGGCCAGAACGAUCUCAGUAACUCCAGGACUCUGCAGGAGUUGCUGAAGCAGCCAGGAGGGGAGGUGAGUCCUGUGGAUGGACCAUUGAGCAGCACCAAAUCUGUUGGUGCAAAUAGCAUCUCUGCCAGGAUGCUUCGUAGCCGCAGCGAACAGUACCACCUAAACAAUGCCGGCUUCCCUUUUGGUACACCGGCCGGACUCUCUCAUCCUCAAAGCAACCUCAGCAUACCAGGCCUGCAUGCGCUGAAUAAGUACAACUCUCUGAAAGCAGUUGCCGAUACUGCAAGCCGGGGUUACUACAAGAGCUAUCCACUAAUGGAUUUCUCCCAGUAUCAAUCCCCUCCUGUACCUUUCCAACCGAUGUCAAUGCACCCAAAAGACAAGUCCUAUCUCCACCAGGUCCUCCCCUCCCACGACAUCCAUUCCCCCCUGUCCAUCUCAAUCCCAACCAACCAUUUGGAGAGGACCCGCAUCCCAAAAACCAUCACCCACCCUCAACUUUCCAGCUCAGCCUUCAAAGCUUGGGAUUCUGGACAAAAACACAUCCACCGACAGACCUCACAUCCAGGACACUCUGUUCGCCGACAGAUCUACAGCAGCAGGAGACAGUACAGCAUAGAAACACUACCGGAGUUCAUCUCCCAGCCCACGGUCUACGGGGGACAACCGCUGUAUCAGCCCCAUCCCAAACUUAAGGCCUAUCAGACCAACAGCAAGACGGAGGUCACUGUCUGAGGAAACAGGAAUGAAAGAAACAACACUGCUGACCGUUAACGGACUGUAUGCGCAGUGACUGAAAUGUCAGGACUGUGUAGUCCCCCCCUUCUUUUAGUGCUAAACCACUCUUGUCAAUGUGUACAGUAUAUGGUUUCUCUGUCUUUUGUGUCACUGACAACAAUGAGGUGAGACCGGAAGACAGGAAUGGUGUCCAAGGCCACAUUAACUCAAUGAGGACAAUGCCAUCAUCACGUCAGCGUAAAUCUAAGUCAUCAAGGGACAUUAUCCUGGCAAUCUUUAAACACAACCUCAGGAUCAAUUUUGUGAACAAAAAAAACAAAAUAAACCUGUUCUCCUACCCCAGAAGAUGCAAACACCCGGAUGUCCGGUCUCACAUUUAAGUAUGAGGAUUUAAGUGUGUUGAGGAUUUUAUGCUCACAAAGAAAAGUUUUUUGAGUUACUAAAUUUCACGGUCUUCCUCUCUGGCAUGGGAAGUCUUGUUGCGAGAAAGUCACAUUAAAGCUACACUGUGUGAUUUUUACCCCCAUCUAGCGGUGAAAAGGUAUAUGACCAUCCAGUGAAUAUUAGU